GCCCAGGAACGCCCCGUAGACGCUCGGCGGAGGGGGACUCUCGGCUCCUCGGCCUCCGGCCUGCGUGGUACCGGCCGCUCGCCUGUUCGGCGCCGGCGCGUGGGGUGCGCGCGCGCGCGCGCCCUCGCUCGCGGGCGUCCGUCCGCGCUCGCGCCACCCAACGGCCACCGAACCUUCUGGAAGUGGAGUCCCACGGCCGCCCCCGCGCCCGACCGAGCUCGCCGCCCCCGCCGGCGCCGAGGGCCGUGGAGGCCUCUGGGCAGGGGAGAGGGGAGGGGCCUGGGCGCGGGCGGGGCCUCCGGGGGGCGUCCGCUUGUGAUUCGCCGCCUCUGCGUAGGCCCCGCCUCUCCGGCGCCAUGGCCCCGCCUUCUUCCUCCCCCUCUAUGGCGCCUCCCAGGCUCAUUCAUUCGGCGCCGGGCCUGCUAGACACCUGUUCUCAGCUCCCGCCGUCCUCCGCCGUAGCAGAGACGAUGUCAGACCCCGGCACCGACACCCCGUCCGCCAUCCAGAUCUGCCGGAUCAUGCGGCCAGAUGAUGCCAACGUGGCUGGCAAUGUUCAUGGAGGGACUAUCCUGAAGAUGAUUGAGGAGGCAGGGGCCAUUAUCAGCACCCGGCACUGUAACAGCCAGAAUGGGGAGCGUUGUGUGGCUGCCCUGGCCCGGGUGGAGCGCACUGACUUCCUGUCACCCAUGUGCAUCGGCGAGGUGGCUCAUGUCAGUGCGGAGCUCACUUACACUUCCAAGCAUUCUGUGGAGGUCCAGGUCCACGUGAUGUCCGAGAACAUCCUCACAGGUACCAAAAAGAUGACCAAUAAGGCCACCUUGUGGUAUGUGCCCCUGUCACUGAAGAAUGUGGACAAGGUCCUCGAGGUGCCUCCUAUUGUGUAUUCGCGGCAGGAACUGGAGGAAGAGGGUCGGAAGCGCUAUGAAGCCCAGAAGCUAGAACGUAUGGAGACCAAGUGGAGGAACGGGGACAUCGUCCAGCCUGUCCUGAACCCAGAGCCGAACACCGUGAGCUACAGCCAGUCCAGCUUGAUCCACCUGGUGGGGCCCUCGGACUGCACCCUUCACGGCUUCGUGCAUGGAGGUGUCACGAUGAAACUCAUGGAUGAAGUGGCCGGGAUUGUGGCUGCACGCCACUGCAAGACCAACAUCGUCACAGCUUCCGUGGAUGCCAUCAAUUUCCAUGACAAAAUCCGGAAAGGCUGCGUCAUCACCAUCUCUGGACGCAUGACCUUCACGAGCAACAAGUCCAUGGAGAUUGAGGUCCUGGUGGACGCUGACCCUGUGGUGGACAACUCACAGAAGCGGUACCGGGCUGCCAGUGCCUUCUUCACCUACGUGUCCCUGAACCAGGAGGGCAAGCCACUGCCUGUACCUCAGCUUGUGCCUGAGACCGAGGACGAGAAGAAGCGCUUUGAAGAAGGCAAAGGCCGCUAUCUGCAGAUGAAGGCGAAGCGACAGGGCCACACAGAGCCGCAGCCCUAGGAGUCUUCCUCCUGCCCUGGGGUCAGCACACUGUGGCAACCGCCCCAUGUGCAGUCACUUAGAAGUAGCCCCCAUGGCCAAACCCCAAUUUCCAUUGAGAGCUGGUGUUGUGUGGUGUUGUGUGGCAGUGUUACCUGUUCACCAAAGCUUUAUUUAUAUCCCUCCAGUAACUGCUCCCUAGUGUUGUCCCCAAGGCCACCACGGACACCAGAGCACACUGAAUGGUCUGUGAAGAAACCAGCACCACUAAUAAAGCUGUUGUCUGGCUGGA